AUGGACAAUGCUGCAGUGACAAUGGCAGAAGUUCCUGAAAUAGGUGGAGCCUUUGGAGGAGGAGAGACAGCCUGGAAAGGUGUGAGGCGUGCGAGCGGCGCUGCGCUGCGCUGCGGGGGCGGCGCGGGACGGGCGGCAGCCGGAGCUGUCCCUGGGGCCGCUGUGCCCGCGCUCGCCGGCGCCCGCUGGCAGUUGCCGCCCCAACGGCGAGUUGCGGCCGCUCGUCCGGGGGCUGCUGCCGCGGCUCCUGCGGAGCGUCCGAGCGCUGUAAGAGAGCGAGAGGUCCCUGCGCUGCCCCGCGCCGCCCUGCCGAGGGGUCCCGACAUGCUGUCCUGGCUGGCUGAGCUCUCCUCCGCUCUGCGGCGGGAGCUUUCCCGGUGCUGGUUUCAUGUCACAGCUGAAGAUGCAAGUGCUGCAGAACAGCAAGCGGAGGAAGGAAAAGCAGAAGUAGAUGGUGACCCCAACGUUUCCUCUGCUGCAGUGUCUGAGAGGAAAAGACGGAGAAUGGGAAGCUCCAGCCUGGUGCCCAGGAAAAAAAGCAGAGGCUUAAAGCAGAGAAUGGCUGACAUGGAGAAGAGCUCAGCAGGCACAGGUCUCUCUGUUUCUUGUGGCUCAGAUGUCAGUUUAAAGAACAUGGAGAGUGAGACUCCAGCCCAGUGCACUGGCCUGAGCUCUGAGGUCUGGGUGGCCCUGGAGACAAAGAAGACUCUUGAAGAAACAUCUAAUGAGAGGCCUACCCAGACAGAGAAGGUGCUGAGCAGAGACAUCUCCCGGGGUUACGAGCGGGUCCCGAUUCCCUGUGUCAAUGCUGUGGACAGUGAGCCGUGUCCCAGCGACUUCAAAUACAUCGUGAAGAGCUGCUUCACCUCCACAGUGGCCGUUGACAGCAACGUCACUCAUUUACAGCGCUGCGCGUGUGCGGACGACUGCUCCUCCAGCACCUGCGUGUGUGGGCAGCUCAGCGGGCGCUGCUGGUACCGGCAGGACGGCCGACUGCUGCCCGGAUUCAACCAGAGGAACCCCCCGUGUAUCGUCGAGUGCAACCCCAUGUGCUCGUGCUGGCGAACCUGCAGGAACCGCGUGGUGCAGAACGGGCCCCGUGUUCAGCUACAGCUGUUCCGCACACGAGAGAUGGGCUGGGGCGUGAGAACCAUGGAGGACAUUCCAGCAGGAACCUUUGUAUGCGAGUACGUUGGUGAGGUGAUCUCUGAUGCCGAGGCAGAGCUCCGUGAAGACACCUACCUGUUCGACCUGGACAAUGAGGCAGGAGACGUGUACUGCAUCGAUGCGCGUUUCUAUGGCAACAUCGGCCGCUUCAUCAACCAUCACUGCGAGCCCAACGUCUUCGCUGCCAGGGUCUUCACAUCCCAUCAGGACGUGCGCUUCCCCAGGCUGGUCUUCUUCAGCACGAGGGACAUCAGAGCUGGAGAGCAGCUUGGCUUCGACUACAAGGAGGAUUUCUGGGCCGUCAAAGGCAAAUCCUUCAGCUGCAAAUGCGGCUCUGGCAGGUGCAAGUACACGAGCUGGGCGCUGGCCAAGCGCCAGGCGCGCGCCCUGUCCCGCAGCACAAAGCCAAAGGAGGCCCCUGUGCUGGGCCAGAGGUUUCGCAGGCACAGCCCGGCCGGGAGCUCGCCGUCCUGGCUGUGCCGCUGCUUUGGCAGCCGCCGCGGGGAAGGAGGGGACAAAAGCUCUGCCUUGCUGGCUGCAGACGGGCAAGUUCACACACCCAGGUAG